GACUGUGCGGCAGAAGGCCAACUACAAAGAGAGCUGGAGAGAUAAGACGGGCAAACCAGCACGGAGGUGGACUUAGUGACGGAGUUUAGUUUUAAUUUAAUUAAAAGUUAUUCCUCUAUUUUAGUUUUUCACGUAAACAAGGCAGUAAGCACGGCCAGGUAACACUUUAUAUUUGGCAUUUAAAAUCUAGAAACUACCUUAAACGAAACGUUUUGGGGGAAAAAAACCUCAACAACUACCUUGCGUCGGCCUGCGAAACACUUGUGGCUAUUUGGGAAUAGCAGCAGUGUUGACCUGAUGUUGACCUUUGACCUGAAAAAAAGUCCUCAAGUCUCCAUCCACUGGAGCUCCUAGAACUGAACCAGGCUGCAGGGUGCAUGGUAAGCAGUACUUGAUGCAUGGUGUUUGCAUGACCCCAUUCUGUCUUGGUGUGGGACUAAGAAGAGCUGAAAUCAACCAAUCAUGUCUCAGGCCUCCAUACACAUCAUCAAUGGCAACACAGCAGAGCAAGGGGAGAGGUUGGUCAGCAGCAGUGCUGAGGAUGACAAGGAGCCUGUGGCCACGCCCCCGUACUUCCUGGAAACCCCGUAUGGCUACCAGCUGGACCUGGACUUCCUGAAGUAUGUGGAGGACAUCGAGCGUGGCAACACCAUCAAGAGGCUGAACCUUCAGCGUAGAGUGAGGCCGGCCUGUGUGGCGGUGGAUCCUGUGUCCAGGGGAGGGAGUGUGGGUGGGGGUGGUGGGGGCGGUGGGGGCGGUGGGCCGGCUCAGUGGACCUCAACUGAUUCCCUGACCUCGUCUAAUAGCAGUGAAGAGAUCCAGCAGAGCCCUGUGUUUUACUCCUCCCCUCACACCCCCAUCCUGAUCCGCCACGCCUCCGCCCCACCCUAUGAGCCCCCCUCUACCCUCCCUCCCCCUACGCUCCUGAGUGCCCCCCCCGAUCAACCAAAACGCACCCACCUCCCACCCCCCUCCCCACGGGUGACGCCCCGCCACAACCUCCAGGUGGAGCAGACCUUGAUGGAGACUAGGAGGAGGUUGGAACAGGAGCGCCUCCUCAUGCAGCCCCCCACACCCUCUGACCCCCCAGCUCCUCGCCGGCGCCUGGCGUCGUUAGGAACGAUGGGGGGGUCCAACUCCUCCCUGUCCCUGCCGCCCAACCUACACCUCCCAAAUGGGGGCGGAAGUAGUGGAGACUAUACCUCCUACUACACCUCCUCCAUGGGCUCCUCCAUCCGCCACAGCCCCUUGUCCUCGGGCAUGACCACUCCCAUCACCAACGUGUCUCCGCUCCACCUGCAACACAUCCGGGAGCAGAUGGUGGUAGCCUUGCGCCGUCUCAAGGAGCUAGAGGAGCAGGUGAAGACCAUACCUGUCCUGCAGGUGAAGAUCGCAGUGUUGCAGGAGGAGAAGAGACAGCUGGCGGGUCAGAAGAGCCAGAGGCCAGGGAUGGGAGGAGGAUCUGGAGUUUUCCGGAAGAGGUCUUACAGUGUGGGCUGUGCUGACCAGGUGGCUGACCAGCUGGAACCCCAGAUCCAGGGAGAACUUCACAUUGUGGAAACGGAGGGUCAGAGUGCUCAGGAGUUAGAGGAGUUCCAGAGGCUGGCUGCCGAGGUCCGGGCCCUGGAGAGGCUCAACCAGGACCAGCAGCUCCCCCACAGUAACAACAACCAGACAAGGUCCUCCUCAAUACCCGUCCCAGACCAGAACAUGAACGAAGCCACACCAGUCCCUGUGGUUGCCCGGAGAAAGUCACUCGUGACAACUCCUGUACAGAGACGACGCAGCUGCCGGGACGUUGGCAUGAUUACAGAGCGGUGUGAGACACGUAGCACUGGGUCAAGUGUGACAGAAGUCAUGUUGGGCAUGACCAGCGAGGUGGAGGCGGAGUUGGAGCUGAAGGAGACCACAAUCGAGGCCCUGAAGGAGAAGAUCUACCAGCUGGAGGUGGAGCUGAAGGAGACCACCCACCUGUUGGAGAUGUCCAAGCUGAAACUGGAGCUUCAGGCAGCCGGGGGAGCCAAUAAGAAAAAGGCUGAUAAAGGAUGCCAGGCUCGGCCCGACACCUACAGCACGGCCUGCGAGGCACGCCCCAACACCCAGAGCACUGCCUCCGACACCGGGAGGGCCCUAACCCACAGCCAGGGGGUGGGCAACCACCUAGAGACCCGCCACGCCUCCACCGGGGAGGGAGUCCACAUGGUGGAGGUGGGGGUGACAUGUCUGCCCAGCCUGACCCAACGUGCAGCUGGGCCUGAUCUGCCCAUGGCCCGCUGGCAGGACCAGUGUGUUGGAACGCAGGUGGAGGUGUGUGACCAGACGGUUGGAGGCGGUGUGUGUGUGUGUGAGGUGGGGGUAAACACGGAAGAGACGUUUGACAGCGUAGAACUGCGCAAAGCCCAGGAGGCUGUGGUCCUCAAGGAGAGCCGUUCAGUGGGCAUCGUGGAGAGCCGGUCAGUGGGCAUCGGGGACUGUUCCAUUGAUGUCACGGUCUCUCCCAUUAAAAAGCUGGUUACCACGGGGACUGACCCUGUCCUGGUCCACACGUUAGACUCUGCCGUCAUGGUAACCCCAGCCACAGCAUCCCAACACACCAACACUGACCUGCUCCACACAGUGGAGAAAUACACCAACACCCUGACCAACCAAACUAGGACCAUUGCUGUGGGGGAGGGGCUAGUGAAAGACCCACUGGCCAUGCCCAAAACCAGGUCGGUCGCCGUGGGAACCACUGUGGAGGGAGACUGUAGUGCAGAGAAGGUUGUUACGUCUCAAACCAAAGAGGUGGGCGUCGGCCCUGUCAGCAUCCACACCAACUUCCUGGUCGGCCUGAAAACCAGGAACAUUGCCUGUGGCCCCUCCCACCAAGAGGGAACCACUGUUACUGAGGCCGCUGCCGUGACGAUGCCCGCCAUGACGACUGCUGCCAUGCCAGCAGUCCCAGCCCAGAUUGUUUCAGUGUCGGAUGGGGGUGGACCUGGACUGGACCAUUACAUAGAGAGGGUCCAGAAGCUACUUCAAGAACAACAGAUGUUAUUAGCUGAGAACUACAGCGAGUUAGCAGAUGCCUUCGGUCAGCCGUCCUCCUUCUCACAGAUGGGGUCCAUCAACAGCCAGCUGGUCAACACACUGACCUCCAUCAACUCUGUUAUGAAGUACAGCAGCGCUGAGGACCUGAGCGCUCUGGAGCUACGGAGGCUAGAGCAGGAUAGAACUACCACUACCACAGAUGGGUUUAAGCUGAAGGUGUCCAGUGAGAUCGUCCAGAGUUCAGCGGUCAGCCAGACUGAUACAGUGUCACAUGACCUUAAGGCUCCGCCCAGCCCGGCAACACUGAAGCACCGCAUGGACCAGCAGAUGUCCAGCGCCCUACACGGUGGUCAGAGCACACUGAAGUCCAUCAUGAAGAAGAAAGAUGGCCGCCCGGGUGCCAAAAAAAACCUGCAGUUUGUUGGUGUCAAUGGAGGGUAUGAGACGACAUCCAGCGAUGACUCCACGUCAGACGAAAGCAGCUCCUCCGGGACAGAGGAGGAGGAGGAGGAGGAAGGGGAGAGUUUUGGGGGAGGAAAAGAUGAAGAGAGGAAGACCACUGAGGCGAUGCAGAAGGAUGGAACAGUAGAAGUGGGAAGGAAUGAAGAGGAGGGAGGAAAAGAGCGGGAGGAGAGGAGAGAGAGGUAUGAGUUAAGUGAGAAGAUGUUGGCAGCCUGUAAUCUUCUGAAGAACCACCUGAAUGAUGGCAAGGCCUUAACCAGUAGAGAAGUGAGAGCCAGUGUGAACACGGUACAGAACGAGUGGUUCCGUGUCUCCAGCCAGAAGACUGCAGUUGCGGGCAUGGUGGAGGACUAUUUGGGUGCUUUCCGGGACGUGUCUCCAGCCGUGCUGCGUCACGUGGUCAACAUGGCAGACGGGAACGGGAACACGGCACUGCACUACAGCGUGUCACACUCCAACUUCCACAUUGUCAAGACGCUGCUCGACGCAGACGUUUGUAACGUGAACCAGCAGAAUAAGGCUGGCUAUACUCCCAUUAUGCUGGCUGCUCUGGCUGCUGUAGAGGAUCCAGAAGACAUGGCCAUCGUGGAAGAACUCUUCAGCAAAGGGGACGUCAACGCUAAAGCCAGCCAGGCUGGCCAGACAGGUCUGAUGCUGGCCGUCAGUCACGGCAGGAUGGACAUGGUUCGAGCCCUGCUGGCCCAGGGGGCAGAAGUCAACGUCCAGGAUGAUGAGGGUUCCACAGCGCUGAUGUGUGCCAGCGAACACGGCCAUGCUGAGAUAGUCAAACUACUUCUGGCCCAGCCAGGCUGCGAUGCCACUCUCAGCGACAGCGAUGAAAGCAAUGCCCUCUCUAUCGCUCUGGAUGCCGGUCACAAGGACAUAGCAGUAUUGCUGUAUGCCCACGUCAACUUCUCCAAAGCCCAGUCACCGGGGACCCCUCGUCUCAGCAGGAAGACAUCCCCUAGUCCUACUAGGAGGGGCAUAUUUGAUUAGCCCCUUCCACUCUACACAGCUAUUGGUCAUCAAAGGACAGCAACAAAUCAAUGGCUGAAUGUGGAUAGCAAUGCCAGGAGCUGAUUCUCGUCCAAACAGAAAUGAGCCCUGGAUUUAAAGUGACAUGGAUGCCUGUCGUUAUCAUUAAUGUUAUAUUAUUAAAUAAGAUGGUUCUGUAUUGGUCAGUCUUGUAAUAAGUGGAAAUGGUAUUGUUCAGUCAGUUUGGACAUGUUAAAGUGAAUGUAGAGAAGGUCUAGAUCUGUGUGACAUUCCAACUGCAUAUAGUCCAUUUAACAGGGAAAGGACAGGGAGGAAGAGGAGGCAAGAACAGAGGAUAAAGGUAGAGAAAGAGGGAAAGAGGAAGAGAGAACAGCCUCUCUGUUUUGAGGCCAGACUGUACUGGUAUAGACAUCUGGGCCAGGAGUGUACUGGGCUCCUACCCUAUGGGCUGUUCCGGCUUGGAUCUGUUACUUCCUAUAUCCCAGCAGCUUAAUAACAUUGUAUACUACUAUUACAUACAAUCUGUUGCUACAUUCAUGGUACUGGUCAACACUCACCUUUUAGUUGUGAUGAAGGCUAAAUAGCAUCAGGACAUAUCUUCAUCUCAGUACCACCACAGGUUAAAGCUGUUAUAUUACACUGAUGCCUCAUGUCAAUUCAGACUGUAUGUAAAUCAUAUCAUAUAUUGUUUCACUGACCAGGCAGUGUCUGUAGCUACAUUAUUCCCGUAGUUCUUAAAGUAACAACUGAGCUUGGCAAUAUUCUUCCUCUACUAUGAUAUUUGUGGAUGAAAGAUGGGAACAUUGUUCCUUUGUCCAAUAUGAAUAAUAUAUUGCAGUCAGGAUACUGUAGUAUUAGAAAUAGUUUCAAAGAUUUCUUUUCAUCAAAAAAUGUAUUGCAAUGUGAAUAUUGAAUCGCAAAUGCAACAUUCGGCUUCAAUUUGGGUCCUACACCAAAAAAGCUAUCUCGAUUGGAUAUAAAUGAUAGUUUUAUCCAAAUAAUUUCUAUCUAUUUAAAAAUCACAUUAUUUUGAAUAUUUCCUAUUGUUAAUGUUACAUGAAGUUAUAUAUUUAUCUGUUAUAGUUUUAAAUGCAAAUAUCAACCUAUUCCCUUGUAUAUAGUUUACAGUGCUAGUACUGCUAGUAGAAUACUUCUGUAAAGUGUUGUUUAAGAAUGUCAAGGAGGAGAUGGGGUGCUUUGAUUAUUUUUUUUGAAGUUUGAAGUGCCUGGAAUCUAUUGCCAUAUAUCAAUAAAGUUAAUUUCAAUAAGCUGUGGUUGUUUUCACUCUCUGGUUUGUCUUUCUGUCUCCCCAACAGAAGGGAUAUGGAUAAUACUGCUACUGAAUGUCUGGUUUACUAUCUCCCUCCACUGGUGGAAACUGGUAUUUAAUAUGAAUGCUGCCUUGUUGUAUGCAAAAUGUCCAUGGAGGAAUCCAUGCAUUAAUAAAUAAAUGAAUUGAUUGU